AUGUCUAACAAAAUUCCAUCAGAACAGGAUUAUUAUAUCGAUUUUCCGAUAAUAAAUUAUGUUUAUGCUGAUGUAGAAACAUGGAAACAAAUACAACGUGAACGACGUUUAUUUUAUAGAAAAUGUAAUGAUCUACAUAGUUUACUUACAUUACAACGACUUAUGACAAAUCACUUUCUCAAUCUUCUUCAGUCACUUAUUCACGAUCCUAACUUCUUGCAAUCAAGUGGUCGAGAUGCUUUCCUUGAGUUAUUUCGUUAUUCUUUAAUCAUUGUUGCACAGCCAUCUGGUACUGAUUGUAUAGCAGUGACGAAAUAUGAGAAAGAUCGUAAUUGUGAUCCUAAUGGUGAUGUACAAUCAUCACUUCAAUGGAAAACACGAACAAUCAUUAGUAGUGAACAAGAAGAACAAAUAUUUUUCUAUGUUGAGCUAAAUGAAAAUGAUUCCAUCAAAUUAACAAAAAAGAAUUCUAAAAAUAAACUUUUGUACAAUCAUGGAUUAUGUCAAUUGGAAUUUCGAACAAAAUUUAAAAUAACUGGAUAUGAUAUAGAAGAAACUAUAAUAUUAAAUUCACAAUUAUUUGGACUAUGUUCACAUGCAAAAUAUUAUCCAACAUUGUUGGCUAAAGUUUUUAUCGAUGAAAUUAACCAAGACCAUCGGAAUAUUGCUCUCGAAACACAUAUCAACACUUUGAUAGGAUACAUUUGUAAGUUUCAUAAACGUCUUUCAAAUGUUGAAAUAAAGUCUCAUACUCAACAAUUUAUUGAAGAAGAAUUACAAGAAGUUUUUAAUAUAUUUCUUAAAUCUGCAAGUUCAAUAAAUGCACCUGUAAUGAUUUUUUCCUUAGAAAUUUAUCAAAAUAUUUUAGAAAAAUUAUUUACUCAAAUAAAAUUUUUAAAUAAUUAUUCUUUUCUUGCUAUGAUGUAUUAUGAUAGUCUAUUUCAUGGUAUAUGUAGCGAUAGAAUUGAUAAGAAAUUGAAUAAUGUUAUUCAACAAAUACCUCAAAUGAUAAUGCGAUUUGAACAAUUUAAAAGCCAAAGAACAGAAUAUCCAAAUAUUAUUUUUGCUUUUUAUGAUGGUACAUUACGAAAAGCACGUACUACUCAUGAAUAUUUUAUUGAAGAUAUAUGUAGAUGUCUUUGUAAAGCAAUAAACAAUGAUAAAAAUCAAUUACAAGUAUUUAAUGAAAAUAGAAUGAUUCCUUUUUAUUAUUUUCAUUGGUAUCAUGAUAAUGAUUUAAAUCGUGAUAAUUUAAUUCAAACUGAUGAUGAAACAAUUUUUUAUCCAUUACAAACUCUUCUUCAAAGUACAAUAUAA